GAGAAAGUGGGCUGGGGGAUGGAUAAGAAGGUUAAUACCACAGUUUACCGGGACUGUGCUUCCCAUCGUCUCUGGAGCGGAAUUGGCAGCCGUGCGGGUUGGAAGAGUGGAUUCGUUGAGAAGACGCGGUUUGAGCUCUCCCCUUCUUCUUCUUCUCCCCGAUACCGAAAACUAAUGAAUUAUUGACUCGCGGAGGAAAGCAUCUCUACUAAACUAAUUACUGGUGUGGUGGCUGGAAUUAUUCAAAAAAUUAACACGCUUCAUAAAAUCCAAUGAUCAGCUUAUAUAUCACACAGUCCCUCUUUGCUUCACCCCUGGCCUAGCCAAUCUGUGACGGGCA